AUGAAAGAAGAUAACGCGUAUCAAGAACACUUUGCUACUGAUGUCGAAAAGGGUCUUAUCCUAGACGGUCAUGAUUCUGUAGUGUCUUCACGGAAUUCUACCUCUGAGAAACAAGAUGAUAAAAAUAAUUUUGUCAGAGAAACUUCAGAUGAUUUUUCUGAGACGUCUUCUUUUUACGAAAAAUGGUUUACACAUAUGAAUGUUGAGAGUAGUGGUAUUGAACCAAUUGGUGAUGACAAAAAAACUGAUCCAUCAUUAUUGAACCCUACUAUUGUUUGGUUUUCUGCUAAUUUUGUCCUUUCUGCAUAUGCGAUUGGUGCCUUAGGGCCUAUGGUUUAUGGUUUAAACUUCGGUACAUCCGCUUUGACAGUAAUCUUUUUUAAUAUUAUCGGAUGUAUCCCUGUGGGUUAUUUUUCUGUCUUUGGUGCUAAAUUAGGUAUUAGACAGAUGAUUCUGUCUCGGUAUUGGAUGGGUAAUAUUACAGGUCGUUUUUUCUCAUUAAUUAACGUCAUUGCUUGCGUUGGUUGGUGUGUCUUGAACACAAUAUGUUCUGCUCAAUUAUUAAAUAUGGUUAAUUCCGGAUCUGGUCAUGAAUUGCCAUUAUGGGCAGGUUGUCUAGUCAUUAUAUGUGGUACUGUCAUAAUUUCAUUUUUCGGCUAUACUGCUAUCCAUAAAUUUGAAAAAUGGUCAUGGAUCCCUAAUCUUGCCAUAUUUCUUGUCAUUAUUGCUAGAUUGAAACUAUCUGGUAAAUGGGAUAACGGUGAAUGGACCAAAGGACCUACGACUGCAGGAAAUGUUUUAUCAUUUGGUUGUGCAGUAUUUGGUUAUUCAGGUGCAUGGGCCACAUAUGCUUCCGAUUAUACAGUAUUUAUGCCAAGGAAUACAAGUAGUUGGAAAAUUAGUAUUGCCUUAUCUUUGGGGAUCUAUAUUCCAUUAUGUUUUGUUAUGAUGCUUGGUGCUGCAUGUGGUAUGGGUGGUGUCAAUGAUCCAACAUGGCAGAAAUUGUAUGAAGAAAAUUCAAUUGGUGGAUUGACGUAUGCUGUAUUAGUACCAGAUUCAGUUCAUGGUUUCGGUCAAUUUUGUUGUGUUGUUCUGGCGUUAUCUACCAUUGCAAACAAUUUACCAAAUAUGUAUACCGUUUCACUUUCUGUACAAGCACUUUGGUCUCCAUUAGCAAAAAUUCCAAGACCAUGUUGGACCAUAGCAGGCAAUGCUGCAGCAUUGGCUAUUUCAAUCCUUGCAUGUUAUUUUUUCAAGUCGUUUCUUGAAAAUUUUAUGAAUACAAUUGCAUAUUAUGGUGCUAUAUACAUUGCGUUAGGACUUUGUGAACAUUUAAUCUUUAGGAGAAAUUAUCAAGCAUAUAAGAUCGAGGAUUGGCAAGAUCAUAAGAAGAUGCCUAUUGGUAUCGCAGGAACGGCAGCUUUUAUUGUUGCUGCUUUUGGUGUUGCAUUAGGGAUGUGUCAGACAUAUUGGGUAGGUGAAAUAGCAAAGAGAAUCGGUAAAGAUGGUGGUGAUAUUGGAUUCGAAUUAGGGGCCGCCUGGGGUGCUAUAGUAUAUGUUGUGGUAAGACCAUUAGAGUUGAAGUAUUUUGGUCGUUAG